UGGUGGGAAUUAGGAAGUACCACCGGUAAUGCAAAGAAAAUAAAAUGAUGCUUUUAAAUCUGUGCAGAGCAGCAGCCCUCCUAAUUUAAGCUUGGGGUUUGCAGGCACUUGGCUAACAAGAACCUUCCCUCUGCUUGGUGAAAGGCGCCCUUGCAGCGCAGGGCAGGGAGCGCCCAGCUGGUGCAUCCGAAGGACCCAAGUCCCACUGCUGCUGAGGGAGCCCUGGCCCUGCCUCUGCCCUCAGGGCCUGCUCCAGAUGUGUGCAGGGCAUCCGCUGCUGAAAACACCGCCAGAAGAGAAGGCUGAAAUAGCGAACCGCAUUUUUGGAAGCCGUAUAAAUUAAGAAUAAUUUGCUACAGUCGGAGUCAGCGCAGUUCGCGACUGUCUCUUGCCCCUCUCAGGCUGAGGCGCUGAGGGGAGCCCUGUACAAUUUUGGGGCGCCCCUGACCUCGUUCCCCGCACGCCUGAGGCAGGGGCAGCCCCGGGGCAGCGGGAGGCGCUCCGGCUGUGCGCUGCGGCCGGGAGGCGCUGCCCGCGCAGCUGCCGCCGUCCCUCAGGGCGGAGGAGCCGCCUCAGCCCGCCGCGGCCUCAGGCGCCCACCUGGGCGCUGCCCGCGCGGCUCCGCCUCCCGCGGGCCCCGGCGGCCCCGGGCGUAAGGAGCGGGCGGGGCCGGGGCCGGGCGGGCGCCACAAAGCCGCCGGGCGCUGCGGCCAUGGCCGUGUGCGGGCAGGGGGCGGAGGCGGAGGGGUUCGCGUACGAGUACGAGGACCCCGCGCACCCCGCGCGGCUGCUGGGGGCGUUCCGCGGCUUCUACCUGGACGGGCUGUUCACCGACAUCGCGCUCCAGGGCGCCUCGGGGGUCUGCCUCCGCUGCCACAGAGCCGUCCUGGCGGCUUGCAGCGGUUACUUCAAAGCCAUGUUCACGGCCGACAUGAAGGAGAAGGCUAAAAGCCAGAUCAGGCUUCCCGAGCUCAGCCACGCCGUGCUGGAAGCCCUCGUGAAUUACGCCUACACCUCCCAGAUCCAGAUAACAAAGAGAAACGUCCAAAGCCUGCUGCAGGCGGCCGACCUCCUCCAGUUCGCCUCGGUAAAGAAAGCCUGCGAGCAGUUUCUGGUCAGGCACUUGGACACCGACAACUGCAUAGGGAUGCACGCCUUCGCCGAGUACCACAGCUGCUCGGAGCUGGAGAAGGAGGCGCGCAGGAUGCUGCUGUGGCAGUUUGAAGACGUGUGGAAGCAGGAGGAGUUCCUGGACAUCGGCAAGGAGAAGCUCGCGUUCAUCCUCUCCAGAGAGAACCUGAAUGUCUGGAAGGAGGAGGCAGCCAUCGAAGCGGUGGUGAAGUGGGUAGCCCACAACGUGGAAGAGAGGAUCGAGGACAUCUAUGAACUGCUGAGUUGCAUCCAAAUAGACCUAGAUAACGUGUACUUGAGGUCAGCUUUAAGCCUACAAAAAAAAUGCCGACUUAACGAUAAUAAAAUACGGUCACUCGUAUACAACGCCCUGAAUCCCAGCCCCAAAGGCCUUUCCAAAAGACCUACGGCCACCAUGUAUGUGAUCGGAGGGUAUUAUUGGCAUCCCUUAUCAGAGGUGCAUGUUUGGGAUCCCUUAACUGACACAUGGGUCCAGGGAACAGACAUGCCAGAUCAUACCCGGGAGAGCUAUGGGGUCACAAACUUGGGACCUGACAUAUAUGUGACGGGAGGUUAUAGAACGGAGAGCAUCGAAGCCCUUGAUACUGUGUGGAUAUAUAACAGUGAGAGAGACGAGUGGACCGAAGGCUGCCCCAUGCUCGACGCGAGGUAUUACCACUGUGCAGUUUCCCUCAGUGGCUGCAUCUAUGCGUUGGGUGGUUACCGGCAGGGAGCUCCAGUGCAAGAAGCUGAGUUCUAUGAUCCUUUAAAAAAGAAAUGGGUUCCUAUUGCAAACAUGAUCAAAGGUGUUGGAAAUGCCACCGCCUGUGUCCUGCAUGAAGUCAUCUACGUAACCGGAGGUCACUAUGGCUACAGAGGAAGCUGCACCUAUGAUAAAAUCCAGAGAUACCAUUCAGGUAGCAAUGAGUGGAGUAUAGUCGCCACAAGUCCUCAUCCAGAAUAUGGAUUGUGUUCAAUUACAUUACAAAACAAGAUCUAUUUUGUGGGUGGACAGACCACGAUCACGGACUGCUAUGACCCAGAGCAGAAUGAGUGGAAGCAGAUGGCUCACAUGAUGGAGAGAAGAAUGGAGUGUGGUGCAGUGGUCAUGAACGGAUGCAUCUAUGUAACAGGAGGAUAUUCCUAUUCAAAAGGAACAUAUCUGCAGAGUAUUGAGAAAUACAACCCUGAACUGAACAAAUGGGAAGCAGUAGGUAAUCUUCCCAGUGCUAUGCGUUCACACGGCUGUGUCUGUGUGUAUAAUGUAUAAACACUUGAUUUUCAUAUUGCUGCUACAGAAAACAGCAGAUGCAGUACUCCUAGUAGUACUGUUUACCUCAGGAGUGAAAUGUCAGGUGCAGUCUCUUAGCAGACAUUCAUUAAAAGCUAUAUGGUUUAUCUUCAUUUUAAACAAUUCAGAAGCAUAAAUGUGGGAAAAAUAUUUCCAUAUAUUUUCAGUUCAUUCACUGUCUGACAUGAAAAUUUUCAUAUGACUUCCUUAUAAUACUUUGCACAGCUAUACAGGAACUACUGUGAAAAACUUGUUUUCAUUAGCCACCAGGUGGAACUCUAACUUGGUGCUAAGUUGAGUAAAACCAAAGUACUCUGCAUUGUUGUGGACUACUGGGUUUAUGAUAAAAUCUCUGAUACACUGAAUAUAGCUGUAGAAAUGGUUCAUUGCCAUUAGCUAGGUGUGUGGUAUGUAUAGAGCUAUAGUAUUAGGAGAACUAGGUUACACAUCCAGAAACUGUGGGCAGUUGCAUGGUGCCUCUAAAUCCACCUUCAACUUCCAGAGUGAAGAAGAGCACAGGGUGAGAAAAGGGGAAGAAAUGUGACCUGGUAGCCCAGGAUUGCCAACAGAACGUGCACUAGUUUUCCAGAACUCUGCAUGGCUUUGCAGUGGGCUUUUUGGCUGAUUUGUGGUUGGUGCUUUUUUUUUUUUUUUUUUUUUUUUUU